AUGGACCAGUUAACGUUUGACAGGGAGAACCGUGAGCGAAUCCAGGCAGUGGAUAACUCAUUUCGUCCAGCAGGAGCGUCCCUAUCCAAGCCAGGUCGGGUUCUGAUGGGACAGGGCCGUCUGAUUAAACAGGGUCGUCGGAAGCCCGAGACGAAGAUUUUCUUCCUCUUCAACGACAUGUUGGUGUACGGCAGCAUCAUCCUGAACGGCCGCUGGCACAAAAACCAGAAGGUCAUCCCUCUAGAGGACAUCAAGCUCGAGGACGGUGAGGCAAUGGGGAACAAAUGGCUGAUUCGUACACCGCGCAAGUCAUUUUUUGUCUCCGCGCCUUCAUACGAGAUGAAGCGGGCCUGGAUGGAGCACAUCGAGGAGUGCCGGUCAAACCUGUUGCAGGGCGGCGGAAGCCAACCCGGUUCCACCUAUGCUGUUGCCUGGAUCCCAGACCAGGCCGCCUACAAAUGCAUGCGCUGCUUCAACAAUUUCACGAAGACCAAACGCCGCCACCACUGCCGUAAGUGUGGCUUUUUGGUGUGCAACGCGUGCUCCAUGCAGCGGGAGGUGAUCGGCCACAUUCACCCCACCAAGCUGUUGAGGGUCUGCAGCCAGUGUGACGCGAGGAAUAAGGAAGAUGGGGUGUCCGGCCUGGGAGGAAACGGCCCUAGAAAGAAUAGCGCAGAGGAGGACAAUGAGGCAGCGUCCAGUGAUGAAGACGAGGGAGUGGAGAUGACUUACAACAGCUGGCUGGUUUCCCAUAACGGCACCUGUGGACAGACGGGCACCUAUGUUUACCCGAGACCGAUGCAUCAGCAGCCCCAAUAAAACAUCAGCACAUCAAGGCGGUCUCUCAGACAUGUUCACCAUCAUUAAGCGUCAUUUUAAACAAUGAAUUCAAAGAGUAUUGGACUUUUGAACGGGCUAAGAUGACACAAAGGUAACUCAAUGCAAUAGAAGUAGGUUAAAAGUCAAAAACCUUGA